CUCUGUAUUCCCAGGACUGUCCAGAGGAGAAGGUCCCAGAGAACCCUCAGAUGACAAAUCAGUGGAAAGAUCUGACUGAUAUUAAAGUGGAGGAUGAAGAAGAGAGGAUAAUGGGCGAUCUACCAUGUAAGAGUGAGGUGGAGGAGGACAUUCCAGGAGAUGUCACCACAGAUAAAUCCAGUAAAAAUAUUAAGGGCAAAGCUGUAUUAUCACUAAAUUAUAAAGAAGAAGCUGAAGAUAUCAUGCAGCACUCCUCAGGAGAAAACCUCAUUAACCCUAGUGUACACCCAGGACUUCACAGUACAGAUCUUUUAUAUAAUCCUCCUCACGAGGGACCUUUCCCUGACCAAUUACAGAUUGUUACCAAAAACACAGGUCAGAAAGGGGAUAAAAGCUUUCAGGGUGGUAAAGAGUUUAUAGAAGAAUCAAAACUUUCUACACACAGAAGAAUUCACACAGCAGAGCAGCCAUACUCCUGUUUAGAAUGUGGGAAAUGUUUUACAAAAAAAUCGAGUCUUGUUCAACAUAAGAGAAUUCACACAGGAGAGAAACCAUAUUCGUGUUCAGAAUGUGGGAAAUGUUUUACAGAUAAAUCAAAUCUUGUUAGACAUAGGAUUAGUCACACAGGAGAGAAGCCAUAUUCAUGUUCAGAAUGUGGGAAAUGUUUUACAGUUAAAUCAAAUCUUGUUCAACAUAAGAGAAUUCACACAGGAGAGAAACCAUAUUCGUGUUCAGAAUGUGGGAACUGUUUUACAUAUAAAUCACAUCUUGUUGAACAUAUGAGAAAACACACAGGAGAGAAGCCAUUUUCAUGUACAGAAUGUGGGAAAUGUUUUUCAAAGAGAUCAUAUCUUGUUACACAUGAGAGAAAUCACACAGGAGAGAAGCCAUAUUCAUGUUCAGAAUGUGGGAAAUGUUUUACAGAUAAAUCAAAACUUGUUAAACAUGAGAGAAAUCACACAGGAGAGAAGCCAUAUUCAUGUUCAGAAUGUGGAAAAUGUUUUACAGUUAAAUCAAAUCUUGUUAAACAUAAGAGAAUUCACACAGGAGAGAAGCCAUAUUCAUGUUCAGAAUGUGAGAACUGUUUUACAUAUAAAUCACAUCUUGUUGAACAUAUGAGAAAUCACACAGGAGAGAAGCCAUAUUCAUGUUCAGAAUGUGGGAAAUGUUUUACAGAUGAAUCAGGUCUUGUUAGACAUCAGAAAAUUCACACAGGAGAAAAGCCAUUUUGACUUUUUAUAUUUUAAAAGAAGAAACUGAAAUUCUAAAAUUUAGCAGAUCAAGGCAAACUAUAUUGUUUUUUAGAUAUGGCAAAUGCGAUUAGAGCAAAAUAGAAUUUUUAAUCCAUCUCAUUCACAGAAGUUACGUUUCAGGCUAUAUGGCAACAUGUUUCACACGCUGUGAGUCUCAGAACUGUUUCAAAACGUGUCUGCAACUUGCUGUCAUGCAGCUAUUUUAGAGCUGAGAUUUGGCAGUAGAAAUACCUGCCAAACUGCACAAGUUGUAGUUGACCAUAACUUGCAUUGUGUUCUAUCAUGGGAAAGUCACAUAUGACCUGCAACCAAGAAGAAUCCAAGUGUUGAAAUUUAUGUGACUGUCAUGACAUAUAGCGUGUCACGUUGUGAACCUAUUGACAGUCAUUAUAUGUAGUGUCAUAAUGCAACAUAUCAUCUGAUGUCACCGUGCAUCUCCAGCUUAAAAACCAAUAAGAUUAUUUAUUUUUUGGGUGGCAUUAUCCUGGAUCAGUCAAACAACUGCAUUAUAUUUCUUGGAAGAGAAGAGCCUUGUUUACUUCCAGAGCAGUGAAGAUGGAUUGUCCCCAUGAACUUUGCUUCUUAUCGCUGUAUUCACACCUCCACCCACACUGCGGGAGAGUCCAGAGUGACAUGGGGGAGAAGUAACGACGCUCCAUGUAAUGGUUUUGUAACGUAUGUUGACAUAUUCAGAUUUUAUCUUCAUCCAAACAGUAUUUAAAGAUAAAAUAAACUCUUCUAUUUGCUCCAUAACACCGUCACCAUUGUCACUGACAGACAUUGUCUUCUUGGCUCACAUUAUACUUUCUCCUAGCGCUGUGACCUUCAUUGCUCCUACAGACUAACCCUCCUGUUCGGAGACAGUGAUAUUGGUGGCAUGAUGACUAUAUCAUUGAUUUAUCUGACCGGGUGAUCUGUGAUAAUUAAGCCCAUAUGUACAUUCCUGCGGUUUAAUGGUAAACCUAUCUAGAUACUGGAGCUGAGUGAUAUAUCGGUAUUGGGAAUCGCUGGUGAUGUCACAUCUGUUAAUUAACCCCUGAAUAUUGCCAACAUGACUUCAGUGACCAAGUGAUGCACAUAUAUGUGUGUUUCAUAUGUAUCCUCCCUUUUAUCUUUAUUACCUGCAGAACAUGAAUGGAGUCAGGUGCUGAAUUCUGUAGGUACUAUAUCCAGCUCACUUAUACUGCCUCAGAUGGAUCUGGAUAGAUUGGAGGCUUGGCAGAGAUGUGGCAAAGUAGGUUUACCACAUUGUCCAGAGAAUGCAGUUUAUAGUACUAACCACUACAUAUAAGGCCAUCCACAAUCUGUUCCAUCUCUCACCUGCUUUUCUGAUUACAUCUCCACACAUUAAGACAAAGAGAAUAUGGGUACCCCCCCCCCCCCCUUACCACCUGCGUUGUUAUCUGCCUGUGUAUUGCGAAAUAAAGUGUCCGGUUUGAAGAUCAGCAGUGCUGGAUUUUUUAUGCAACCUUCCCACAUAAUCCCCGAUCCUCACAAGAACUCCUUCUUUCUUCUUCUUGUCCUUCACACAAUCCUUUAAAAGCAACCUGGAGAGCCAACCACCUACAAGAAGCAUGCUGCCACCACACAGCCAGAUGUGUGGUGUCCUUCUCAUUUCCUUGUAGUUUAUAACCCCUUGUGGUCGGGGACCUCUCCCCUCUGUACUGGCUUGUUAGUAGCUCCAUGUUUAUCAUAUUUGUAUUUUUUAUAUUAUGUAUGUGUAACCCUCUCGAUGUGCAGCACCAUGGAAGGGGUGCAUCAAAAGGGACAUAGAUGCAGGUGAUGAGAACAUAGUCCUACCACUUUACAAAUCACUAGUCAGACCACGCAUGGAGGACUGUGUACAGUUCUGGGCUCCUGUGAACAAGGCAGACAUAGCAGAGCUGGAGAGGGUUCAGAGGAGGGCAAAUAAAGUAAUAACUGGAAUGGGAGGACUACAGGUUCCAGAAAUAUAAUCAAAAUUAGGGUUAUUCAGUUUGGAAAAAAGAUAACUGAGGGGAGAUCUAAUAACUAUGUAUAAAUACACUACUCCCGAAAAGUUAGGGAUAUUUGGCUUGUGUGUGGAAUUUGGUUUCAAUAUUUCAGUACUUUUUGCACAACUUGCUGUUAUCUAACAAGGAGCUUAAUGACAAACAGGUCCAUGAAUCGCCAAUACAUUUCCUGCUUCAAUAAGAAUAUCACAUUUUGAUAUCUUAAGAACACAACGACAUCCAACAAUUGAUGAACAGUACCUUGCCAUUGUGAGACUUCAAGCAGGAUGUUCUCAGAGGUGAGAGGCACCCAAGUGUCAUGUCAGACCAUUCAAAACAGUUGACAUCAGCGUGGUCUGCAUGUUUAAUGACCUGCAAGGGUAGCU